AUAUAAUUAUUGUUACGACAGUGGAAUCUGAGAAAAGGCAGUUAGUGUACUACAAUUUUGAUCUUUUGCAGCAGACUGAAUGUAGACUACAAGGAGAGUGAGAAAUGGACGGGCAAGGCAAGGUGGUGUGCGUGACCGGAGCUUCUGGGUACAUAGCCUCAUGGCUUGUGAAGCUCCUUCUCCAACGCGGCUACACCGUCAAAGCCACAGUUCGAGACCCAAAUGAUCCAAAGAAGACAGAACACUUGCUUGCACUUGAAGGUGCUAAAGAAAGGCUUCAUUUGUUUAAAGCAAACUUACUUGAAGAAGGAUCCUUUGAUUCUGUGGUUGAUGGAUGUGAUGGAGUAUUUCAUACAGCAUCCCCAGUUGUGCUGAUAGUUGACGAUCCCCAGGCACAACUAAUUGACCCAGCACUAAAAGGAACAAUGAGCGUUCUAGGAUCUUGUGCAAAAGUUCCAUCUGUCAAAAGAGUAGUUGUAACAUCAUCUAUGGCUUCAGUUGCAUUCAAUGGGAAACCUCUAGCUCCUGAUGUGCUAGUUGAUGAGAGUUGGUUUUCAGAUCCAGUUUUCUGUGAGAAAUCAAAGCUAUGGUAUAUGCUUUCAAAGACAUUAGCUGAGGAGGCUGCUUGGAAGUUUGCAAAAGAGAAUGGGAUUGACAUGGUUACAAUAAAUCCAGGGUGGGUGAUUGGCCCUCUCUUACAGCCUACUCUUAAUCUAAGUGUGGAGGAAGUUCUGAAGCUACUAAAAGGAGAUACAUUUCCCAAUAAAACACAUCGAUGGGUUGAUGUUAGAGAUGUUGCCAUGGCACAUAUUCAAGCAUAUGAGCUUCCAACGGCUAGAGGCAGAUACUGUUUAGUAGGGAGCAUUUUACACUGUUCUGAGACAAUGAAGAUUUUGCGCAAGCUCUACCCUGCUUUAAACCUACCUGAGAAAUGUGCAGACGAGAAGCCUUAUGAACCAACCUAUAUGGUGUCCCAGGAGAAAACUAAAAGUUUGGGCUUCGGCUUCACUCCUCUGGAGGUGACCCUGAAGGACACUGUGGAAAGCUUGAGGGAGAAGAACUUUGUCAGUUUCUGACACAUGGUAUAGCCAUGCAAAUGAAUCAUAAACAAAAAAUGGUGUCUUCUUGGUAACUUCAUUGUUAAGUGUGUUGGAGUCAUAUAUCUUCUAAUAUGUUCAUGGUAAGCAAUCCCCAAGACAUGCUACAAGUUCUCCAAAAGAAAGCCAACAGCAUAUAAAAAGCAGCAACUUCUAUUUCCGCUUCUGCUCAACAACAAAAGCUAUCAACUAUCCUAAAUGGGCACCAAGGAGAUUCGUAGACCUUAGGCCCCUUCCAAACUAGAUUUUUUGUUUGGGAAGUAACUGAGGAAGAUUUUCACUUGUCAUUAACUUAUGCAGAGGUUGAUAGCUAACAAACAUGUAAGGACACGGUGAGCUCUGUCUUUGGAAAUGUAUGCAGUGAGGUGGCAUGGCCCAUUACCUUCAUUCUGUGAUUGGCUGCUCUACCAUUCCAAAACAAGGGAAAAUUAUGCUUACUGAA